AUGUUACGAGUCAUCAAACGUAUCAUGGGUUUACUCAGCCGCGGAGCACAGCUUGAAGCUGCCAGUGAAGCAGCAAUGAGACAGGCUGAGGGUGCCUCGAAAGCAGCCAAGACUCUCAUGAACGCUGGAGGCGAAGGAGAAGUUGCCGAACUGAACCGCAAGAUUGAAGAACUUGGCACUGAGCUGAAGAAAACGCAGGUAGACCGUGACACUCUCCGCAAACAGGCUGAAUCUCUUCAGAAUGAAUACGACCGCGUUUCGGAUCUCCUGGUCAAAUAUGAGGGUGGCGACAAUGUUAGCAAGAAAGAUGAUUGA